AUGGUGGCCUUUCUGGGGACUCUACGACUGCUCGGACCCAUGGUAUUUGCCCGUCGUGUCUUGGCACAAGGUGGUGAACUGGUGUCGGACUACAUGAUGGGACGCUAUAUGCGCACUACCUUUGAUCAUUGGGAACGCAAAUAUUGGAAGGAAUAUCAAGGUCCCGCUGCCACGCGAUCUUGUGGCAGAUGUUUCAUUCAUGCGGCCAUUUUAAUGUUGCUGGGGAAACUCAUGGAAUGGAUGAUUCGACCCGACAAUCCACCCUGUCUUAUUCCACAAACCGGGGCAUGUCAUUGGUGGUGUGGUCUAUUGUGGGUGGUUUCCGUUGUCGGGACGGGUAACUUUUUUGCCGCCCUGAUAUCCACUCGAGGACCCGUCAAGAUUAAAAUGACCAAAAGUGCCAUGCCCAACAAUCUGCACCAUCAGAAACGACGGCGGAGACUCUUUCUCACACGUCCACUACAAGUAUUAAAAGGGUUGAGAGACCCCGAUCAUUGGCUCACAUCCAUUGCCACCUUGAGACGGAACAAUGCCAAUCUACGAGAACCAUUCACACCCGAACCUCUACUCUUCCCAUCCACAUGGCCACCCUUUAGUAUGCUUCGAAAUUUUGCCAUUGCCAAGGCCAUGGCAUCGUCGUCGCAAGCCAACAGCAUGCACGUGAUUAUGCGACAAUUCCUCAUUAUGCAUGCCCUACUGGAUGAAUGGCACCGAGUUUUGAUGGACGAACGACGUGUGGGACUGGGAUUGUGUAUCAUUGCCACUGGAUUCAUUGCCAUGUGCUUUCUCUUCGUGACAGUGGCCCUUACCGACAAUGUGUCUGCCGUAUUGUUGGUCCCCUAUCUCUUGGCAACUUUUGGCUCGGGAUGGAUGAACUUGUUUUGCUUUUGGGAGAGACGAAGGAAUCAUGAACGCGAUCUUGUGGUGAUGCGACAUGGACGACAAGAACGAAGAUAUUCCAUCAAAUGGUAA